UUGAAAAUAAUCUGAAAAUGAUUGAACUUCUGAUGCUGACGCUGAUCCCCGGUGCUCUAGGGCACGGCUAUCUCCAGGAUCCCCCCUCACGAUCCAGUAUGUGGAGGUUCGGGUUUAACACGCCCCACAACUACGACGACAACCAACUGUUCUGCGGAGGAUUUGAUAGGCAAUGGAAUAAAAAUGGCGGGAAAUGUGGAAUCUGUGGUGAUCCCUGGGAUGGUGUACGUGAAAACGAGGCUGGAGGUCGCUAUGCAACUGGAAUAAUAAGCAAAAGAUACACUGAGGGACAAAUCAUUGACGUUAAAGUGAAAAUCACCGCCUCUCAUUUAGGAUAUUUCGAAUUCCGCUUAUGCCCGAACAACAAUGUUCAUAAGCCUGCAACACAGGCUUGUUUAGAUCAGUAUGUCCUUCAUCAACCUUCUGGGAGUGUUCGAUUCAUGGAACAGGGACGUCCCCAGAUCUACUCAAUAAAGCUCAAACUUCCAAGAGGACUCACGUGUUCACAAUGUGUUCUACAAUGGAAAUAUAACGCUGGUAACAGUUAUGGAGUUUCCUCAUACGGACAGACAUGUAAAGGAUGCGGCCAGCAGGAACAAUUUUACGGCUGUGCAGACAUCGCUAUCGGCCACUCCGAGACUGGGUCCCAACAGAGCGGAAGUUAUCAGCCGUACGUUCCAAACAACGUGGCGGUGCGUCCCCAGCUCCCUCUGGCGGUUGUCGGUGGCAGUUCGACGACUUGUACCGCUGCACCAGCAUUCAGAAGGAUCAACCAACAGGCCGCUGAUAACUGGUGCAUAAGUAACUGUCGAAGGGGAAACUGUCCGCCAUUUUAUUGUAACUCAGCAUGUCAAAGUUUACGUGUGUAUGGUUAAUAUUCGCGUUCCUGUACUUUGGUAUAUACUAGUAACGAACCAGUAUUUUCAAAGUACUAAGUGCCUGUUCUAGUCUUUCAUUUUAUGCUACAAUCAAUAUUUAAUUUUUA